AUGUCCACUCAACUCGACCCCGCCUUUAUUGCCCGUGUCUCCCCACACGAUCCUACCCAUUUCAGCAUCCAGCACUCCCAAACCCUUCAUCGCCUGGUGCUCCUGCAGCACUGGAAUAUUCCCACCGACUCUAAGGUACUGGAACUAGGAUGCGGGCAGGGGGACUACACAAUUGUCCUUGCCUAUGCUGUAGGUAAGCAGGGGAGGGUGGUGGCGGUCGAUCCGGCGGGAUUAGAUUAUGGUGCCCCGUAUACUCUCGGCCAAGCACAGGAUCAUAUCUCACAAGGCCCGCUGGGAAGGCAGAUUACUUGGGUCCAACAAUCCCCUCUGGACUACCUCUCCUCGCUGCCCGCUAGCGAAAGUAAGGCCUUUGACGCGACAGUGCUUGCCCACUGCCUAUGGUACUUCGCAUCACCCUCACUCAUUCUUUCCGGUUUCCGUGCCCUUAAACAGCACAGCAAGCGUCUCCUCCUUGCUGAGUGGUCGUUAGUAGCGACCCAACCCUCUGCCCAGCCUCAUGUUUUAGCUGCGCUCACCCAGGCAGCGCUGGAAUGCCGUAAACCCAAGAGUAGCGACUCAAACGUCCGCACGGUGCUAGGGCCAAAGCGGCUUACUGAGCUAGCCCUAGCUGCUGGGUGGCGGCUAGAGAGUGAGACCCGCGUGCAAGGUGGAGAGGGGUUGUUGGACGGACAAUGGGAAGUCUCUGCUUGCCUUUCUUCAUCUUUCAAAAAGGAAGUAGAGGAGCAAGUGAGUGAUGAGAGGGAACGGGCGGCGAUUCUUGCAUCACGGGAUGCGUGUGAGGCGAGCUUGGAGGGCGUGCAGGGGGGUCAGAAAGGAGUUAGGGACAUGGAUGUUUGGGUUGCUUUUUCGUCUGAUUAG